UAAACACGGUCAUAUUUAAUAUUGGGCCUUCAGAAUACAGGGAUUCUUAGGAAGCUCGAAUUGCAAGAAGAAUAGCCCUUUCAUCGUCAAAAUGCAUUGAUUCCGCUGGUGGACAUUGGCAUGAAAACUGAUGUGGUAGAAACCGUUUUUUUUCCUUAUUUAAGCAAGUAACAAUUUAUUUUAGCGAAAAUAUUUCCGUGGAGUCUGGAUGCACUGAAGUAGUGCAACUUAUUGCACUUUGGUUCCCCUUUCAUCAUAAAUUCUUCGCGUUCAAAGGAAAAGGUGAUCAUUCUUCCAGGAUAGUGUGUUAUGUCCAGCGUACUCCUUCCUACACUUGCGAGCUCUGACUUUGCCAGCUUAGCUUUUUCCGAUCGACCUCUAGUCGGGUGUGGAUCUGUAAGUGGAAAAGCUUCCUAAUUCAUAUUUUUAUUAUUCUGCGCUCUUAGGGCUUAAUUUCGCCUUGCAUAAUUCUUGGAAACUUUGUCGAAGAUUUCAUAUGCAGUGGAAACGGCAUUGCAAACCAAAUGUGUUGAUCAGCGAUUUGAAGUGCGUGUCUGGUUCAUGUGUGAUGUAACCACAUACAACCUACAUCCAAGCUUCCGGAAAAAGCUUAGAUGAUGCUAUUUUAGGACAUUGAUCUCAGGUUUUGUAAACAAGCGGAAGGCUAUUCAAUAUGGCGGACGUUAUCAUACGCGGAUUGAUCCUGUUGACGGUUGUGAUGGGGGCGGAAUUUGCCGAAAACAAUGCUGGACUUGUACGACCAGGGCGUCACGUGUGCAGUACAGAAGAGUCUUAUCAAGCCUCUGUCCCACGGACCACGCCCUUCUGCCGGCCCGUAUACAAAAGUUAUCUCAGGUUAUGUGAGGGUUACAGGAUCUGUAAGUCAUUCAGAGUGGUAUAUGAACGAGCCUAUCAGACAGUGUAUCAAAUGGAGACGAAGACAAGAAAAGUCCUAAAAUGCUGCCCCGGUUGGGCCCAGGUCUCUCCUACGGACAACGGCUGCCUGAAACCAAUAUGUGACCAAGGCUGCACAAACAACGGCCAGUGUAUCAAACCGAACAAAUGUAAAUGUCCCCGCGGAUGGAACGGACCUACGUGUAAAGACGAUCUGAACGAAUGUAAAAAUGGCCGCCAUGAUUGUCAACAACUCUGCAAGAACACAAACGGAAGCUACACGUGCGCAUGUCACGAGGGUUUUCAACUUGGCGAAGAUAAGAAAACCUGUAAACUAUGUCUAACGUGCUUGCCAGAAUAUGAUAAUAUGGCCAAGGGGUACAAAGAGCUGAUGUACCGUGUGAAUUCAUUGGAGAAGGAGAAGGACGCUUUGAUGGGAAAUUUAUCGACGCUACAAAACGACAUGCACCACAUGGAUGAGCAGAUACAUACCUACAUGAAGAGUAAACCAACUCCUGGCACCAAGAAACCAACAACGACCACUCAGCGACCAACAACAACAACGGAAGAUUACUAUCAGGACCCACAGUUCAUUCCCUUUGACAGACUAGCCUCCCUUAGUGAGCAGAUCUCCAUUUUGGAGGAGAGGCUUGAAGACUGUUCCUGCAAACAGGGUCAAGAUAACGAAGACAGAGAUCUCUGGUCAAACUUUUGAAACAAUAAUUUGGACAAGGACAAUUAAUUAUUAACUACAUACUUUUCCAUACAAAAAUAUUUAAUGGCGGUGGAAUCUCGUUUGAGACGUUCAUUCAUGAGAGAACCAGUGAACGCAUUGCUGCACUGACUUCCGGUAGUAUCGCGCAUGGCGUGUGGAACUUUCGGAGAAAAUGUUUAUUUGGGGUACUGUUUGUAGUACGUUGGAGAGCCUUACAGCGUGGCGUUACGGUUUUAUGUUUUAACUGCCGACCUGUGUGAUUCUGGUACUGGGCAUCAGAAUGAUCCCAAAAGCAGCGCAGAACUAUGCAACAGCUACUCCGACAACUGUGUCAAUCCACACCACACAGCCUGCACAACACUGUGCAGUUGCGAACUGGGUUUAAUACAAUACAGUAACUAUAUACAGCAUUGUGGAAGCCCCUGCCUCUGUGUACUUUAUUUCGGAUCGAAUUGCCUGGAUAUUACAGAAAGACAUAUGUAAAUUUUCCAGGAGAAUGUAUAUGUAUAUUACAAGUUGAUGAUUACCCGUGUUUGUGGGGAUUUAGAAGUGCCCUUGAAAUUGACAGUUGUGUUAUUGGAAAUUCAUGAAAUGUCCGACAGAAAGGCAAUACAACGGGGGCAAAUGCUCCAGAUAUGUUACAGUCAUGGAAGAACCAGUGGAAGGAUAAUAUAAAGGGAAAAUGUUUCUGAUAUGUUAAGAAAAGACGUUGUUUGAACACACGGUCCAGCGGAAGACCAUUUCAAAGGAUAAAAAUCUCCUGAUUUCUUUAAAAAAAAAACACACACACACGCAGUAGCGAUUGGAGAUACAGUACAGAUUUGCAGUUGUUCUUUUUUCACUUGCUUUUCCUGGAAACGAGAACCAGUUUGAUGAAAUCUUCCAAGGAGGCGGUUACUAGUGUAUAAACUUGUUGAAAGCACUGUUAUUCAUAUUUGUAUGUGUUUGUUACAGAGAGUAUAGAGAGUUCGUGUAUUUUAUGGGGCAAUGCGAACCGAAUUAGAUGGUUAUGUCUUGAAAACUUUGGAAUUCUUGUUUUGAAAGAUGGGCUGUCUUUUUGGGGCACGGAGGGGUGCGGGGUACGCAACUGUUGAUUGGUUAGGAAAGCAACAUACGAACUAUAAACGUUCUGGUAUCACCAAAACGGUUUGUCUGCAUUUCCGAAACAUAAAGACAGUAACACGGACGACUGGGUGCAUUUGGAAGUUAUAUUUUAUUUUACUCCACAAACAUUGUGGAAGUAUAAAACUGACAUCUUAUUUGCUUGCAUGAAAUGUAUGCAUGAACUCACCACCAAAUUGAUGAUGAGCUGACUAAGCCCUGGGAAUGUAUACUCGGGGCAAUAUAAGGCAUAAGGUGCUCUAAAUAUACAUGAGAUAUUUUCAUUGGAUAAUGAUGUACGCGUGAAAUGCAAGACGACCAACCAGAGAACAGUGAACAACUUGUAAUAUUAAUCCUUAAAGCUGUGUGACUUUGGCACUUCUGUUUUGUAUGAUUUCAAAUAAACAACAAAAAUUUAGACACAAUGCCCAAUAAUGGCCUUGUGAAAUUUAUGGGUAACUGUCAAAUGAUGACUCGGAAAGUUUACAUUGUAUUCAAUCUGUAUGUAUAGAGCCCUGUUAACCAGAAGUAUCAGUCCAAAUAUAGUUGUGUGAUCUAAGUUUCUGUGUACGUUAAACGAAUUUAUACGUUAAUUCGGAACCGACAGGUAUUUUUUUGCUGAUCUCAUAUUUAGUCGACUAGAUUUCUUAAGAAAUUGUCAACUGAAGGCCAGAAAAUCACUGACUGUGCAGUGGCAAAAA